GUUUAAGUGAAUCAAUUCUCUGUUUUAAUUUCUCUUUCUAGUACCUUAUUAUUAAUUGGGUAUUUCAGUUUCUAGUACCAUAUAUAACUAAGUCUGCUCAGUACGCAGAACCUGAAAACAAUUUUUUUUUUUUUUCAAAUAUCUAUGUGGGAUUUAAGGGUUCAUUUUGUUAUUUGUAGUUGGAAUGUAAAAUGAAAAGUGAAAUUAAAAUUUCGGAAUUGUGAAGCAUGCAUCAAUUUUAGCUGUUCAAACAAGAUAGAUACACAUAGAAAUGAGUUCUGAAAGUACAAAGGAAGAGUGCCUUGCAUGGGCGGCGAAAGACCCAUCUGGAGUUUUAUCGCCUUACAAAUUCAGCCGCAGGGCUGUGGGCAGCGAAGAUGUGUCUCUGAAAAUCACACAUUGUGGAAUCUGCUAUGCUGAUGUUGGUUCGACAACGAAUAAACUUGGAUAUUCCAAGUACCCUUUGGUGCCGGGACAUGAGAUUGUUGGAACUGUUAAAGAGGUGGGAUCAAAUGUCAGCCAUUUCAAGGUUGGCGAUCAUGUCGGAGUAGGUACUUACGUCAAUUCUUGCAGAGAUUGUGAGUAUUGUAAUGAAGGGGAAGAAGUUAAUUGUGUAAAAGGAAUAGUUUUCACUUUUAAUGGCAUUGAUACGGAUGGUACAAUCACCAAAGGAGGAUAUUCUAGCUACAUUGUUGUUCAUCAAAGGUACUGCUUUAGGAUACCUGAUGAUUAUCCAUUGGCCUUAGCAGCACCUUUGCUUUGUGCUGGAAUUACUGUAUACAAUCCCAUGAUCCGGCAUGGCAUGAACCGAGCAGGCAAAUCUCUCGGAGUGAUUGGUCUAGGUGGUCUUGGUCAUAUGGCUGUGAAAUUUGGGAAGGCUUUUGGACUCAAAGUCACUGUCUUGAGCACAACCCUAUCUAAAAAAGAGGAAGCUUUGAGUGUACUUGGUGCAGACAAUUUUGUUCUCUCUUCUGACCAAGACCAGAUGAAGGCUCUGUCUAAAUCACUGGACUUCAUAAUUGACACAUCUUCUGGUGAUCAUCCAUUUGAUCCUUUCAUGGCUCUUUUGAAGACUAAUGGUGUUUUUGUUCUUGUGGCGUUCCCUAGUGAAGUCAAAUUCAGUCCUGCAAACCUUAAUCCGGGUAUGAAAAGCAUAACAGGUAGCGUUGUAGGUGGGACUAGAGUGACACAAGAAAUGUUGGAAUUCUGUGCUGCUCAUAAGAUUUAUCCAAAGAUAGAAAUCAUUCCAAUUCAGUACGUGAACGAAGCCCUUCAACGAGUGAUAAAUAAAGACGUUAGGUAUCGGUUUGUUAUAGAUAUCGAGAACUCGUUGAAAUGAAACCAUAUAAACAAGUAAAG